AUGCCGAAGCCGAAGAAUAACGAUAGCUCGAUCCAGCUACGAUGCAGUCUUUGCCCGAAGAUCCCUCACUUCUCUGAUGUCUCCCAUCUACUUACUCACAUAUCUUCAAAGUCACACCUCUCGCAUCGUUUCAAGCUCCAGAUCCGAGCCCAGUCAGAACACGGCGCUAGGCAGCAGCUCGAUGACUUUGAUCGUUGGUACAGUCUUAACAAUCUCGAUGUACUCCUCUCAGAGCGUAUGGCUACCAAGGAGCAGAAGAAGACUGCAAAGGAGAGGAAGGCAGCAAAGACUAGGUCAUCUGAUAUAUUCGUAAAGGACGAGUUGGAGGAAGGGGGCCUAGCAUGCCAAAGAUCCCUCGUGGUCACUCCAAUCUUCCGAGCUCCUGUACCUCGCAUGCACCUUUGGCCGACUGCAAAGCGAUCAUCUACGCCAAACUCUGAUUGGGAACAGCUUCCACCUACAUAUUCUACACCAACGACUAGACGUCAACUUCCCAACUUUGCACGCGAGGAGACCCCAACUAACACCAUUCCUGGCAGCUUGCUUGAUCCUCAGCUUACUACUCCAUGGAAGCCGGAUGACGGGAAAGUUAACGAGAAGCUCUCCGACAGUACCAAAUUGAAAGGUAUCUUCUGGCCUGGCAUGAACCUUUUUGACUCAGCCACUCCUGAAAUGAAGCGUAUGAGGAACCAGCGCAAAGAUGGAUCCAUCCUGGAGCAGAUGAUAACAACGUCAACAGUUGUUGAGCCAUUGGAAUUUGUCUAUAAUGCGGAUGGCGCAUUGAGAAAUACUAGGGAUAUUUUUGGUCCUCUCUCGAUUGAGAAUAGCCCACGUCGCAGCCCCCGCAAGGCAACCUUCAACGAUAUGAGUGUCAAUGUUCCUCGUACGAGAGCUACGCGUUCUAAGAACUUUUUUGCUGGAAGCCCUCGAAAGCGGCGGACUGCCUCUUCUCAAUAUCACAGUCCUUUGGGCCGCGUCUCGUACAAACAGAAAUCAGCUCCGAAUCCGCUGGCAGCCUUCGGUAAUCGAUAUAUGCCAACUGCCGAGGAGGACGAAGAGUUCCGAAUGACUCUUGGGGAGAUGAACAAGAAGCGUUCUUUUGGCAUCUUUCAAGAUGCCUCCGAAGUCAGCCCAGGUCGAACUGAGAGUCCACUAGAAGAACCAGAGUUCGACUUCCUCGGUCAUGGCCUGUCAAAGUAUCUGCCCAAUAUAAAUCAAGCCAACCAAGGCUCUCCAACACCAUUAGCUAAGCCAGCUCCUAUGAGGAUCUUUGGCAAAGAGAACAACCAACCCGAAAUGUCAGCCCAGGCUCAGGACCACCGAACCGGAUCUGCACCUCAUGUUUUCCCACCGCAAGUAUUCUACGAUCCGACAUUCAACCCGCUCUACAAUCCACUCAAUAGCUUUUAUAACCGUCCCCCGGAAUAUGGCUACUCCUCGAACUAUAACGAGGAUACCAAGUCCGCAAAUGGUUUUACUUCCGACUUUCACGGAGACUUCAGGCCACUUACUUCAAUGGCUCGUUGCCCAAGUCAACAAGGAUACGAAGCAGGUCCCAGCAAUCACUCGGGAAACGGUAUGCAUUUUGAAAUGUAACUCUUGGAGGGGAUCAACUGAAGUGCGCUAAACAUUCACAAACCUUGCUUCUAUAUUCAUGGGUGUGCACCAGUCCUUGCUUGCGUUAUCGGCCAUUGCUAUCUUGGUUUCCUUUGUUAUC